GACCUCUCAUCCUGGACUUAACGAGCCACCCCGCAUGAUGUCUUGGCUCGACCGAGGAAUCUUUGUUAGGUUCAGCUGGUUAUUUCUCUUUUCCUGGCUUGUGAAACUCUGGACGAACGACUUGUUGACAGCAACGAAGUCUAUGGGCCUUUGACUUUGCGCAGAGAAAGCAACGCAAGGUUCAGUCGAUCAAAGAUCAACGCCAAGCCGGACCAAACCCGCCCAAGGAGCAACCUCCUGGCUGACGACUGCCGACGAGCCCGUGCAGGAUCUGUUGAUACUGAAAAGAACCCGUGCCUCUUUUCCCAAAUCAUCAAAAUUUCCGGAGAGGCAAGGGUCGAGAACACCUCCUGCAGCAUCACGCAAGCGAGGACACCCAGCGUCCCUCCACGACCGUAAGCACGCAGCGGAGUCAGCUUGAGGCUGAAAAGAUUCCUCUUUACACUACUCAUUGUCUUCAACAAAGUCUUCAACAGCCCAAACAUGUCUCCGCGAAACGAAGGUAUUCUCGACAGUCAUGAGUGGGAUGAAGUCAAGCCUACCUGGUGCGACAAAUCCAAAUGGCUCGCAGAAGAUAGCGACUGGAAACCUGCUUCCCUCAUACGAACCAGGCGGCCAUCUCGACUGAAUAUGUCCAGCUUGAGUUCCUUCUUCUGGCCCAUCAAAGACACCAAGAAUCCAGAGAAGCUGCGGCCCACGGCAUACCUUGACGGCCUGCGCGGUUUCGCUGCCUUCUUAGUAUACUGGCACCACAACCAACUAUGGGCCCAUGAGCCUCACGUCCAGAAUAGAAUUUUUGAAAACUCCUUUGGAUACGAAAACAAAUACCACUUCAUCGCUUUCCCCGGCAUCCGUCACUUGUUUACUGGAGGCCACUUCUCAGUAUCAGUCUUCUUCAUCAUCUCCGGCUACGUUCUCUCCGCUAAACCUCUGAGCUUGAUUCAGUCCGGAGAUCACGGAAAACUCGCAGAAAAUGUCGGCUCAGCAUUAUUCAGGCGAUGGCUGAGACUUUAUCUUCCACUGAUGGCAACGACGUUUCUUUACAUGACCUUCCUCCACAUGUUCGAUAUCUGGGUCGACAAUAUCGAACGUGCGCCAACCUGGAGAGAUGAUGUCUGGCUCUACUAUUGCGAGCUAAAGAACUUCAGCUUCGUCUUCACCACUGGAGGCGGCCCCUUCUUCAGCUGGAACCCACACCUUUGGUCCAUCCCAGUUGAGAUGAAGGGCUCGGUCAUCAUCUACACGUCGCUACUCGCAUUCUCUCGAUGUACCAGAAACGCCCGGCUCUGGUGCGAGGCUGGCCUGGCAUUCUAUUUCAUGUACAUUGCCGACGGGUGGUAUGGAGCAAUGUUCGUCAUGGGCAUGAUGCUUUGCGACCUUGACCUUCUUGCGAAGAAGAACGACCUUCCCAACAUCUUCAAGAGAUUGGAACCCGCCAAAAUCUUCAUCUACUAUCACCUUUUCGCCGUCUCGAUGUAUCUCGGCGGUGUCCCGUCUUACACCGGGGACGUCAAAAAGAUGCGCGACAACCGCGGGUGGUACUAUUUGUCCUUCCUCAAGCCGCAGGCCGUUUUCGACUACAAGUGGUUUUAUCUCUUUUGGGCCGCCACCUUAUUGGUGUCUGCGGUCCCCCGAAUCUGGUGGCUGAAGAGAUUCUUCGAGACUCGCUUCUGUCAGUAUCUAGGACGAAUUUCCUUCGCUCUCUACUUGGUUCACGGACCAGUUCUGGGGACUCUGGGCGAUCGACUAUACACAGCCGUUGGGUACCACAAAGAAACGGAGCGACAACAUCUCGCGCACCUGGUCGAUAGGUUCCCAUUACCAAAGAUUGGGCCCCUCGGCUUGGAACCUGCCUUCCUUAUUCCUCAUGUGAUAAUACUGCCUGUCACUCUUUGGAUAGCUGAGAUUGUCACGAGGUUCGUUGACGAGCCUAGUGUUAGAAUCGCUCAAUGGCUCUACAGAAAAACCUUGCCCACAGCGCCAACAAAGAUUUGAGAUAGGCUGAGAGGGAUUUGGCGUUCAGGCACAUGUAUUUCGGGACUGCCGAGACAUUUAUGGCAUCUAGUACGACGUAAUGAUUAGUGUAAACCACUUGUAAUUGAUCAAUUGACAACACUGUUCCAUCGCACA